AUUUUAGCCAUUGUCGACAAUGGAGCUAUGAUCAAUGCCAUUGACGCAGCGGCAUAUCAGAGAAUCACACGGAGACUAACACCACUAAGUCCAUCCUCCAGAACACUUCGCAUGGCUGACGGUUCCCUAGUACCAUUGACAGGCAUAUGGACAGGAACAGUCUCGUGGGGACCCACCAACGUACAGAUGUCCUUCGAAGUUUUCCCUAGCGGAGGAUCCUGGCACAUGCUAAUUGGAAAACCACUGCUAGAACAAGUCCAUGCAAUUCAAGACUAUGGCAACGACACCAUAAUGCUC